AACAUUAAUAUUGUGUUGUUUUUUGGAUGCACUUGGAAAAAGAAUCAGUUCUCUCUCUUUGUCCAGUAUUUGUUCUUCCGUUGCUCUGAUUCUCCUCUCACUUUUCUCUUUCUCAGCUUGAAUCUUCAGCAGUUUUUGAGCCGACGCUGUGACGUUGCUUUAACUGGGGGAGGGGCUUAGAUUGAUCGUCAUCUGAUUGGACGAGACCAGUGGGCGGAGCUUGCGGUCACUGUGGCCCAGGCGCAUCUGCUGUUGGGCGUUUCAUCGCGAGUUUUCACCGCUGUUCUUUCGUGUAUUUGUAUCUUACAGGUAAGAAUACAGUUAUGAAUGAAGCUGGAGCCUCUGGAUGUUGCGAAUAAGACGUUUGUCACAGUAGAGCCUGAUUUGGGUGUGAUUAAACCCAGCUGAGAGGAAAACAGCCUCCGCCUGGAGCUCAAGCUUUACCGAGCACUGAUUCUUAAUUAUCUUACCCUUCAGUUUCAGAUGCUGUUUUAUUAAAACACUCUCUUCUCAUUAGCUCUACUCAUGUGUCUUCUGCAUGUCUUUGUUUCUCGGACAAUACAGCUGGAUGGACGGAAGGAAGGAAGGGUGUUGUUGGCUAAACAAAAGCUAUUGUUCAUGCUUAUCAUGUUUGGAUGGAGUAAAUAGCCUUCUCUAGUCUCUCUGAAGUUGUAGCUCCUCCCAAAUCUCGUGAGACAUUAACAUGGAGCAGGUGGAGUCUGUAAGGUCAGAGGUCCCCGAGAGGCAGGUGGAUGAAGGAAGCAGCGGCACCAGCACUCGAAGGAAGAGGAGAAAUCACGAACAGCGGCCGGAGUCCAUCAUCGUCUACCGCUCGGAUCCAGAGAGAGCCGCUGGUGAAGAAGACCAUGGAGGCGAGGGUGGAGAGAGGAACUCUGAACAGGGAGCUACGUUUCUGAACAACCCCAGCAGUGAAGGUUGGGUCUUGCCUCCAGACAGCCGCUAUGUGACGCUCACGGGGACCAUCACACGCGGAAAGAAGAAAGGUCAGAUGGUGGACAUCCACGUCACGCUCACCGAGCGAGAGCUGCAGGAGAUGGCCAGGUCAAAGGAGCGUCUGGAUGCCGAAUGCGACGCUCGCGAGGGAUCGAGACGCUCGUAUGGUUUCGGUCUGUCUCAGGGACCCCACGUCGUCCUGUGGAGCCUCUCCUGCGCUCCCUUCGUCUUUGUCCUGUCCUUCAUCACCUCGUUUUACUACGGUACUCUCACUUGGUACAAUAUAUUCCUGGUGUACAACGAGGAGCGGACGUUCUGCCAUAAGAUCACGGUGUGCCCCUUCCUCAUCAUCUUCUACCCCGGGCUCAUCGUGGCUCUGGCGCUGUCGCUGGGCUUGUACUCGGCCGUGGUGCAGGUGUCCUGGGCCUUCAGCGAGUGGUGGCUGUCGGUCAGGGAUCUGGAGAAGGGUUUCUGCGGAUGGGCUUGUGGGAAGCUCGGACUGGAGGACUGUUCUCCGUACAGCGUAGUCGAGCUGCUGGACUCGGACACACUUUCUGGGAGUCUGGGGGGAAAGUCGCUGCAGAUGUCCUCGGUGUGAAUAUAGAAAUCAUCUGAGACUU